GGCUUGUUCCUCAACAACAUCGGAGAAGGUGAUAGUGGAUGCAUUUGGAGGAAGGGUAGAGGAGCACGAGGCAGUGGGAGGUGUUUGCGAUGCCUGGGAAUCGUCCGGUGGAGGGGGCGUCGUCGGAGAGGGGGAAGGCAAACGAAUUGUCGAUGUCAGAUGGGCCAUCGGUGCGACGAAGGAUGUCACUUAUGGGUAGGCUGACAGAUGCAAUGUUGAUGUCGGGUCAGUGUCCUGGGGACUGUGUUCAUGAUGAGGAGGGGCCCGCGCUUGCCGAGGGCGGUGAUGCGGAGGUUGCGGGAAGUGAUGGAGGUGGUGUCUUCGGGGGUGAUGUGGUGGAAAAAGCGGGUGCGGGGGGUGCCGGGGGUGGCCUGGUGGUGGGGGUGGAGGAAUCGAUCGUGGUGGAGCAUGCGAGAGAGGAGGUCAGCAAGGGGCAUGUCGGGUUCGUGGGCGAGGGCGGCUGCAAGGUCUUUGUGGCAUACUCGUUUGAUGCGGGAGAUGAACGCACAGUCGGGAAUGACGGUGUGGGGGAGGUGGUGUCGGAGGGAGCGGACGUAUUGGACGAAGCGGUUGGUGGGACCGGUCUAGCGGAGGUGGCAGAAUUGUUCAAGGUAGUCGUCAAUGGUUUUCUGGGGGCGGAAGGUGGCAGUGAGGAGGGUGGCCCAUUGGAGGAAGGUGGGGCGUGGUCCUCCGGAGGCUCGGCGGUUGCUAGCUUCAGCCAUCCACCAUUUGGUUGCAUUGUCGAGGAGGCGGGAGUUGGCAAUGGGGAGCCAGUGGGCAAGGGGCAUGUGGUGGAGCUGAAAAGAGUUCUGGAGCUGGGUUAGGAAGAGGAAAACGUCCUCGUGGGGGAGGCCGGAGAAGGACAUGAUUUCGCCAGAUCGGAAGGAACGGGGGAUUUCCCCGUCGCGGUGAACG